AUGUCAAAAAAUAACACAACUAUCAGCCUUACUAUAAAUUAAUUGAAAGAUUAAUGGUAAAAAAGCUGCAAGAAAGAAAUUGUAACUUAAUUUGUACGUUAACCAUCAAUAAAUUAAAUAAGAAUUUCCAAAAACAACAGAUCUUCAAAUUAUCGUACUUCUCCUAAUAAGUUAAUAAAUGAAUAAAAUUAAACACCUAAAACUUUGAUGCAAGACAAUAUUUCAAUAGAAUCUACAAUUACUAUUAGCAGUUAAAUUUUUAAAAGCGAUUCACAUAUUGACAACAAUUAGAUUUAACCAACUCCAUAAAUAAAAUUGAUUAUUAAUUAAGAACAUUUCCAUAUUGAUGCAACUACUAAAUUGGAAAUAGAAGAUGAAUCAAAUUCUUAAGAAUAAAUAUAAAUUAGUAAUAUGUAAACAGAGUUGUCUUAAUUUCGUUUUAUAAACAUCUCUAAUGAUAUUGAUAAUUCUAUUAACUACUUAGAUUUAAAGUUUCAACCUAUAGUAUUUCAAAAUUCUAUCUUAUCAAACACAUUUUAGAAAAAAGCCGAAAGCAACAAAAUAACACAUAAAAUGUAUAUGAUGUAAAAAUUAAAUAAAUUCAAAAAGGAUGAAAUGAAUAAGAAAAUUAUUAAACAUGAUCCUUUAAAGGAAUCAUUUUUAUUAAAUCCUGAAUUAUCACUUAAAAUAUAGACAUCUUAAUCAAUAAAAUUGAUAAAAAUAAAUCCUAUUUAAUAAGAGAAUUUAUAAGAUUAACAAUUAAAUAAAUUAGAUUAUGAAAUCUAAAAAUCUAUUAUAUCAAAUGACAAUUACAGUUUUGUCAGUGAAGUUGUAUAACCAAAAAUCUAAAAUUUUAGAAAACCAUUAUAAUAAGAGUAAGAUAAUUAAAGUGUUCAAAAAUUGAAUUUAAGAAUAGAAACUAUACAUGAAAUUAAAUAAUAUUUCAUUCAAACUUUUCCUACCAUUUCUUUAAAGUUUUAAAAAAUAAAAAUGGAAACUGUAAACAUAUAAUAAAAUUCUAUUCAUGAAAAUAAUAAAUUAAUAAAUGAUCAACCUAUUAAAGAGAGUAUUUUAUUAAAAUCUUAACCCAUGAAAUUAUCAUUCAAUUUACUAAAAAAAGAUUAGAUUCCUUUAUUCUAAUUGUUCAUUUUGAUAGGAGAAAUACAAAUAAAUGACAAAAAAUUAUAAAUGAAUGAUUAAAUUCCAAUAAAGAAUUAUCCUACACCCAAUCUUAACUCUAAUUUAAUGAAAUCUGAUAUAAUUGAUAUUGAUGUUAUUAAAGUUGAAAUAUCUCAAAAUAUAACUAAAGAUUGUAAAAUAAAUUUAAUAAGUAGAAGUAAUUAGACUACUUAAAUAAAAUAAUUUAAACUUUCUAAUUUAAUAAAAGAUGAUGAUAAUAAACCUGAUUAACAUCUUAAAUGUAUGAAUGCGUUAGAAUUUAAUGAAAAUUUAUUGAAAGUUAAUUAUGAGAUAAUAUAACCUAAAGAAAAGCCUCAAUAUCCUACACUUCUUUAAAUGAAUCGAAUGAAGAUAGAAAAGAUAAAGGAGUUGAUAACUGAAGGUAAAACUUCGAGAGCAACUUUAAAAAUCAAACCAACUUAAAAAUAAGAUUUAUAUGGAAUUUAAUCUAGAUAAAUUACGGAUUUUAAUAAUUCUGAAAAAAAAUGUAUUUUACAUGGUAGUUUAAUUAUAGAAGAAGCAAAAGAAACAUAAGUUUAAUAAAGAUGUUCUAGUAUUGAUAAAGCUACAUAAAAUAUUAAAAUUAGUAAAAACUAAUUUUCAAUUCUAAAUAGAUUCUAAAAAAUAAAAUAUUUAGGUAGGGGUAAUGUUAGUGAUGCCUAUUCAGUAUUUGAUUAAUAAACAGGAAUGGCACUUGCUUUAAAAACAAUAUAAAAAUCAUUAAUUUAAAGUAAAGGUAUUAGUAAUUUGAUAUCAAAUGAAAUUAAAACAUAAAUGAUAUUAAAUCAUCCUAAUAUUUUGAAAUGCUAUGGAAUAAUAGAUGAUAAAAAAUAGGUAAAAUAUAAUAUAUAUUAUAGAUUGCUUUAAUAUUAGAAUUGAGUGAUCAAACAUUAUAUAAUUUUAUUCGACAUAACACAAUAACUAGAAAAGAAAUGAUUGAUAUUUUACAUUAAGUAAUUAGUGCUGUUAAUCAUUUACAUAACAAUGGUAUAAUACAUAGGGAUAUAAAACCAGAGAAUAUAUUAAUUUCUUAAAAUGUAAUCAAAUUGGCUGAUUUGGGUAUUUCUAUAAGAACUACAAGUUGUUCAUAAUAUUGUGGUACUUUAGGUUAUAUGGCACCUGAAAUUAAAUUACAUGAAAAAUAUACAUCAAAAGUAGAUUGUUAUAGUAUUGGUGUUUUAAUUUAUGAAAUGCUUUAUAAAAAAUUACCUUUACAAACUUUAUAUCCAAUAAAAAAUAUAAAGAAUGAUUAAUUGAUUGAUUUAAUGAAUAAUUUAAUAGAACCUAAUUAAGAUUUAAGAUAUUCUUGUUCUUAAGCUCUUGAUCAUGAAAUUUUUAACUAAUUAAUUUAUCCCUAAUUAAUAUAAACUUCAAUACUAAAUAAUCUUUAGAAAUUACUGUGA